UUGGCGGCGUACGGUUCUUGCGCUCUGCUCUGUCUGCGUUCGUGUUGGUGUGGUAUUGUAUGUGUCGCAUACCGCAUCGCAUGUGUAUUGAACGAAAAAAAAAACCGCCGACGCGACACACUCACUGGAUACCAUGCAAAUUUGUUAAAUUUUUUUCAAAAAGAGCUAACGGUGCUGUUGAUUAGCUAGUGCAGAUGUGCAGACAAAAAAAGUGAUGCCGCGCCACAGUGGAACUCCUUGCUGGCGAACCGUCGCUAGCGACGUAGGCAGUGCAGUUAAAAUAAGUGCUUAGUGUUGUGGCUUAUUUUUAUGUAAGAUCGCGUGCACAGGUGCUUAGUCGUUACACUGAGAAAAAGAAAAGUGCCUGCAGCCAGCGGGGAGAAGUUGAAGUGGAGUGACUGUGAGUGGAAGUUGUACUAAUUACUACUGCCCGUGCACGAAACACUCAUUUACACGCAAGCACACACACACACACACAGACACGAGACACUGGGACUUUUGUCGUAUUUUCGUAUUUGUUUUUGUGUACUUUUGUUGUCUUGCGUUCCACGUUACAUACAUAUAUGUUUGGUGUUGCCUGUUGUAUGUUUAUAUUUAUUGCCUUCACAUAUGUGCGUGUUUGUUAAUGUACAAUACGGCAAUAGCAAAAAGAGAAGAAACUGAGGACUAAAAAGAAAGCGCCAUGCCGACUAUAACAACAACAACCACGAGUGUCUCCGCCGCCGCCGAAAACAAAAACAAAACGCCUAAGCCGACGCAUGCAUACCUUUAAUUUAUUAUAAAUAUUGUUUUUAUUUUGAAUAAUGGAUCGUCGUGCAUUGAAGUUUAUGCAAAAAAGAGCGGACACAGAAAGCGAUACGACCACACCCGUGAGCACCACAGCAUCCCAGGGGAUUCCAGCAUCAGCGAUUCUAGCAGGAAGCACUCUUCCCCUGAAGGACAACUCGAACAUACGCGAGAAGCCGCUCCACCAUAACUACAACCACAAUAACAACAACAGCUCCCAGCACACACACUCGCACCAGCAGCAGCAACAACAGCAGGUGGGCGGCAAGCAGCUCGAGCGGCCACUGAAGUGCCUGGAAACGCUCGCCCAGAAGGCGGGAAUCACCUUCGACGAGAAAUACGAUGUGGCCAGCCCCCCGCAUCCCGGCAUUGCCCAGCAGCAGGCGACUUCAGGAACAGGCCCAGCAACGGGAUCAGGCUCAGUCACCCCCACAAGCCAUCGGCACGGAACUCCGCCCACGGGCCGCAGGCAAACCCACACCCCAAGCACUCCGAACAGGCCCAGUGCUCCCAGCACACCCAACACUAACUGCAACUCAAUUGCCCGCCACACCAGCCUCACGCUGGAGAAGGCGCAGAAUCCCGGCCAGCAGGUGGCCGCCAGCACCACGGUUCCACUGCAGAUAUCCCCUGAGCAGCUGCAGCAGUUCUAUGCGAGCAAUCCCUACGCCAUUCAGGUGAAGCAAGAGUUUCCCACGCACACGACCAGUGGCAGUGGAACUGAGCUAAAGCAUGCAACCAACAUUAUGGAAGUUCAGCAGCAGUUGCAGUUGCAGCAGCAGCUUUCGGAAGCCAGCGGUGGAGGAGCAGCCUCGGCCGGAGCCGGAGGAGCAGCUAGUCCGGCCAACUCGCAGCAAAGCCAGCAACAGCAGCACUCCACAGCCAUCAGCACCAUGUCGCCGAUGCAACUUGCAGCGGCCACUGGAGGAGUUGGCGGGGAUUGGACGCAGGGAAGGACGGUGCAGCUGAUGCAACCCUCCACCAGUUUCCUGUAUCCCCAAAUGAUUGUGUCCGGCAAUCUGUUGCAUCCAGGAGGCCUCGGUCAGCAGCCGAUCCAGGUGAUCACCGCCGGCAAGCCGUUCCAGGGCAACGGCCCCCAGAUGCUUACCACCACUACUCAAAAUGCCAAGCAAAUGAUCGGUGGUCAAGCGGGAUUCGCUGGCGGAAAUUACGCCACCUGCAUUCCCACGAAUCACAACCAAUCGCCCCAAACGGUGCUCUUCUCACCGAUGAACGUCAUUUCGCCACAGCAGCAGCAGAACCUGCUGCAAUCAAUGGCCGCCGCAGCUCAGCAACAGCAACUCACCCAACAGCAGCAACAGUUUAACCAGCAGCAACAACAACAGCUUACUCAGCAGCAACAGCAGUUGACAGCUGCUCUGGCCAAGGUGGGAGUGGAUGCGCAGGGCAAGCUGGCCCAGAAAGUGGUUCAGAAGGUGACUACCACCAGUAAGCCCGGCGGGGUCGUGAGGGGUCAGCCGAGGGUGAGCACAACGGCACCGUCAUGCAGUGGCACUGCCAGCGCAGCGCGCACAGCCAACACGCAGACCCAGCCAAAUGGCAGAAUCCACAAACAGCAAACGAGGCGCAACAACAAUCAGGCAGUCGGCGGCCAGGCUUCAGCAACAGCCAGCAGAGAGCAACAGCAGCAAGUUGCCCAAGCCCAGGCGCAGCAUCAACAGGCUCUCGCGAAUGCCACUCAGCAAAUCCUUCAGGUGGCGCCAAACCAAUUCAUCACGUCCCACCAGCAACAGCAGCAGCAGCAACUUCACAACCAACUGAUACAGCAGCAGCUACAGCAACAGGCGCAGGCACAAGUUCAAGCCCAAGUGCAGGCUCAAGCGCAACAGCAACAACAGCAGCGAGAGCAGCAGCAGAACAUUAUCCAGCAGAUUGUUGUGCAACAGUCGGCUGGAGCGACUUCUCAACAGCAGCAGCAGCAACAGCACCAACAAUCCGGGCAACUGCAGCUAAGCAGCGUGCCCUUCUCAGUUUCUUCGUCAACGACGCCAGCCGGAAUAGCAACGUCUAGUGCUCUGCAGGCAGCCCUCUCCGCCUCUGGCGCCAUCUUUCAGACAGCUAAGCCGGGUACUUGCAGUUCCUCCUCUCCCACAAGCAGUGUGGUCACAAUUACUAACCAGAGCAGCACUCCUUUGGUCACCAGCAGUACUGUAACUAAUCUGCAGCAGGCUCAGUCGCAAUCUGCUCAGGUCCACCAACAUCAGCAGCUAAUCAGCGCCACAAUUGCUGGAGGGACUCAACAACAGCCACAGGGACCGCCAUUACUUACACCCACCACAAAUCCAAUUUUGGCCAUGACCUCGAUGAUGAACGCUACAGUGGGUCACCUUUCUACUGCUCCGCCUGUAACUGUUUCUGUUACCAGCACCGCUGUCACUUCGUCGCCGGGUCAGCUGGUCCUUUUAAGCACGGCUAGUAGCGGUGGAGGAGGUAGCAUACCUGCCACGCCCACCAAGGAGACACCUUCGAAAGGUCCCACCGCAACCCUGGUGCCCAUUGGUUCGCCCAAGACUCCUGUAUCAGCAAAGGACACCUGCACCACUCCCAAAUCAUCCACUCCUGCCACUGUCAGCGCAUCCGUAGAGGCCAGUAGUUCCACAAGCGAAGCCCUGUCCAAUGGAGAUGCCUCAGAUAGGUCUUCCACGCCGUCAAAGGGCGCUACCACUCCCACCAGUAAGCAAAGCAAUGCAGUGCAGCCACCGAGUAGCACCACACCCAGCAGUGUCAGUGGGAAAGAAGAGCCGAAGCUGGCAACCUCCGGCAGUUUAACGUCCGCAACAUCAACUUCAACCACGACGACGAUCACCAACGGGAUUGGAGUAGCCAGAACGACAGCCAGCACCACGGCUGUCUCAACCGCUAGCACAACCACUACCAGUUCUGGCACCUUUACCACAAGUUGCACCAGCACAACAACAACCACCACGUCGGGCAUCAGUAAUGGAUCGAAGGAUCUCCCCAAGGCGAUGAUUAAACCGAACGUCUUAACUCACGUCAUCGAUGGCUUCAUCAUCCAGGAGGCUAACGAGCCAUUUCCCGUCACUAGACAGCGAUAUGCAGACAAAGACGUCAGCGAUGAGCCGCCAAAGAAAAAGGCAACCAUGCAGGAGGACAUCAAGCUAAGUGGAAUAGCAUCAGCUCCAGGCUCGGACAUGGUUGCUUGCGAGCAGUGUGGAAAGAUGGAGCACAAAGCAAAGCUGAAACGGAAGCGCUACUGUUCGCCAGGAUGCUCGAGGCAGGCAAAGAACGGCAUCGGUGGAGUUGGAUCAGGAGAGACCAACGGCCUGGAGACAGGCGGUAUAGUUGGGGUGGAUGCCAUGGCAUUGGUGGACAGACUGGAUGAAGCCAUGGCUGAGGAAAAGAUGCAGACGGAGGCCACCCCAAAGCUUUCAGAAUCAUUUCCUAUUUUGGGAGCCUCAACAGAAGUACCUCCAAUGUCACUGCCAGUCCAAGCGGCGAUUUCGGCUUCCUCGCCUCUUGCAAUGCCCCUAGGAUCGCCAUUGUCAGUUGCACUUCCAACUCUUGCACCACUUUCUGUAGUCACUUCUGGCGCGACGCCCAAGUCUUCGGAAGUAAAUGGAACGGAUCGUCCGCCAAUCAGCAGCUGGAGUGUGGAUGAUGUCAGCAACUUCAUUCGAGAACUGCCUGGUUGUCAGGACUACGUGGACGACUUUAUACAGCAGGAGAUCGACGGCCAAGCGCUUCUGCUGCUCAAGGAGAAGCAUUUGGUGAACGCUAUGGGCAUGAAGCUGGGUCCAGCUCUUAAAAUUGUGGCCAAGGUGGAGUCCAUUAAGGAGGUCCCGCCACCUGGCGAGGCCAAGGAUCCAGGAGCGCAGUAGGGCAGCUAGAGCGCGAAAAGCCGCAAAAGAUGAUCUCCUAACCGAGCAGUGGACCUGGUUCAACCAAGUCUGUCGUGCCGGGUGAUUCUGAUUCAAUCGGGCAGGCGAAAAGGACGCGAAUCCAUUUGCAAAAUAUUAUUAGCACCAGGCCAUCAGGUCUUAAACCAAUUGACUUUGUACAUACUCCCAAGUUCACUCAUAAGCGUAUUCAUUUAGAAAUUAAACUAACAAAAACGAAUGGAAUUACUUAAACUAACGAAAAGCUAUGAAUUAAUUGAGUUGCCAGCCAAGUAAA